ACUCAACAAAAAAUUCCUUGCCACCUUAGUGUCCAUGGCAGGUUCUAAAAUCACCAAAACCACCAAAACCACCAGGGUCACCACCGCCGCCGCCACCAACAUGGUCCAACCGACCAAGUCAACCGUUCGUAGAUUUGUUGGUGUUCGGCAACGACCAUCGGGGAGAUGGGUGGCUGAGAUCAAGGACUCAUCGCAACGUGUAAGACUAUGGCUCGGAACCUAUGAUACCCCUGAAGAGGCCGCUAGAGCCUAUGAUGAGGCUGCUCGAGCCCUACGUGGAGAAAAUGCUCGAACCAACUUUGCAACAACGAAUCCUAACCCGGUUCAAUCGGAUUCAUCUGAAUCCGAUGGCCGUGCUGGGCUUUCCUUCUCUUCCUUGAAAGCCAAGCUAAGCAAGAAUUUGCAAAGUAUCAUGGCUAGGCCAACAGACAAUACCAAGUCAUCAUCUAAGAGUACUAGGGUUAGUGAUCACUUCACUUUUGCUAGUAUAUUUCAUUUUAGGAGCUACCAUUACCAAAGCCCUAUUGACAUGAAGGGUAUUGAGAAGGUGGUGCAACCAAGCAUCAUUGUGCCUCAUGUGGCUGCGGAUGAGGUGGAGCCGCCCUCGUGGGAGAGCUCGAGUGUGUCAGAUGGCAGCAAUGAGUGGGUCAGAUUCCGGCAACACGGGUUGGACUCAGAUGGGUCAGAUGUUGGGGAGGUUUUUUUAGGUGAUCAACAAGGAUUUGGUGAUCAAAUGAUGGGGUAUUGGAUGGAUAGUCCGGAGAUUGAUGGCGGUGAAGUGUCGAGGAGUAAGAGGUUUAAGGUUUCUUCUUCGGUGGUAGUUCCUCCAACCUUUAGUGAAUCGCCCUACAAUGGUGAGAAGUAACUAAUGGGAUGUAUGGUUAUAUGUAGCAGGAUUUUGGACUUUCGAUAUUGUUAUUUAUUGGUAUACAUCUGAUAUUGUUCAAUAUCGAUCGACAUAUGAGCUUAUCAUUGAUACCGCUAUUUAAAACCUAGGAUGAUGUGUGCCAUGGGAAGUGUUUGUGGUGGGUUGAGAAGCCAUGCAAACUGUUACUGUUUUAGAGGGUAGGAUUUAGGGUUACAAAAAAAAAAGUUGUCACUUUUUUGAGUGAUGAUGAAGUUGAUUAAAGUCCUUCAAAGAAUGUACAGAGAGAGUAAGACAGAGGUUAUGGGACUAGUGAAGUAUCAAAGACUUAGCUGGUAAAGGCUUGUUUUUUUGUAAUGGUAAUCACUAAUAGUUUGGUUCCAGUAAUAAGCCUUUUUUUAAGUUUCUAUGAUACUGAAACAAACUACCAAUUUAUUUAUAAAAAAAAAAAAUUGUCAGUUGAGGUUUUUGGUUGUAGGCUUCAGAGUUGUUUGGUAAAAAAAACAAGAUGUGGCACAUUCUAAAUGAGUUGAGACACCUUAGUGGGAAACCUCUAUUCCAGUACAUGGUUGGAAUGGAAAUUUUUAUUCCAAUGUAUACAAACAAAUAUUUUGCACAAAGAGUUCAUACAAUA